AUGCUGCAGCCAAUCAGUGAUCAGGACAGCGGAUAUGGAGAAAUCAUUGAGCCACCUACAUCAUUGUGGAAACUUGUCGAGGAGCAGGUCCCCGUGAGUGAAAGGGCCGAAAUCAAGAGAAUUCUGGGAGAUUCAGCUGUUGACCUCAGUUUAGAGCUGAAUGCAGAGGUUAGUACCAUGUGAACUGUUUGUACUUUGUCCAGAUGUUAUUGACUGGUCCAGAAGGAGUAUGUGUUUUAUAAAAGGUGGUACAUUUUAAUAUCAUCCUCUAAAGUUUUACCUAGUCUCCUACAGGACUGCCAGAUUUUACCACACUUACCUGGACACCUGUUACUUCCUCCCAGUGAUGAGCGAUACAUGAAAAGUCCUUCCCUGUAGUACGUAGAAUUUAUGUGCUUGAUGUAGUUCCUUUCGAAUUCUUAAAAACUCAUCAAAUUCCUGUCCAGCAGGUGUUUAUGGGAUGUGUAUUUCAACCCCAGCCUCAGUUUUACUCCUCAGAUUAGAUGGGUAGAAAUUCUAAAUAAAUAGUUUGCAGCCAUACAGAGCAUUCAUAGGGGUUAUGAAUAAACAGGGUUCUGCUCCGAACAGUGAUCCAAAUGUGAAAAAGGGCCAGAGUCACCAAUGGAACGAGCCUCCUUGUUCCACUGGUUUCCAUAGUGAUUGUCCCACUUAGUACCUUAGACGCCUUUUUACAACAAAACACAGUUCAUACAUAAUCCUAAUAGUUUUGUGCAAAGCCAUGACCCAGAAGGAGGUAGGGACAUGUAUGUGGAUUGUACCCUCCCUUCGUGUGCAUAUGGACACUGUGACGGACCGCUGGCAGUCCGACUUACACCAUCAGCACUGCGGACCCCACUUCCAGCGAUGCAGCUGCGCCGUGGUCUCGCCGUCUCUCACCCAUCCUGGAUCCACGACCAGGAUCAAGCUCCCAGUGGGUGAAUCUCUCCUAUAUCCAGAGAGCAUAGCAGGAACAAAUGAAGCUCUUACAAGAGCUUACUCUGGGGAGUAAGUGAUUAUAGCAAUCCCCAGAGUGUAGCAAUCCCCAGAGAGGGCUACCUGCCCGGUAUUUAUGCAAGUGUCCACCAGGUGGACACUCCCCUAGGGGACCUGAUGGAACAUAUUGGAUAUUAGCCAAUCACCGACAAUACAAACAAAACACUCCCACAGUGACAUCACAAUCCCUCCUCUCUAUCCUGGAGAUAAUUGGGAAGUAAUCAAAUUAUCUCCCAGAACAGAGGCAAGACUCCAUUAACCACAUGGUUGCAAAAAGACAUAAAAUUACACAAUUUUACAAUUACUACAUAAAACAUAUACAUGCGACAUAUCCCCAGAUUAUUACCAAAUGGCGCUCAGAUCACAUACAUACAGCUCAAGUGCCAUGGAGCCAAAGUCCUUUCCAUAGUCUUUUGUUACACGAAUAGGCUCCAUGGCAUAGCUAUCUGGGGUAGCACUACUCACGUACUGAAAGUCCCGAACGCCCCAGCAGAAAUACACAAAUAAACCUUAUUGCAGGGUAAAAUACAGCUAUCAGCACAGGGGCCAUAGUCGGAAGGCAGGAGGCUAGCCAGUAGUCCCCUCCAGGCACAAGUGGCUAAGGGCACUUCGUCACAGACACGUUGGAUGGAUACCAAACGAGGAUGUAAAAUAUUUGAUGGUCUGGGCCACUUAUGGCAGGUAACAGCUGAGAUACGAUUGCCUCGGAUAGAUAUAAUUGCCUUGGUAAACUCCAUACUGCUACAUUUUAGAGUUAGUUUACUAAAUGUUCUAUCCUCUGAAAUUUAGCAACUGAGUUGAUUCAGAUCAGUUGGAAACCAUCCAAAAUCAGACUAAAUGGCUCCAGAUAACUGAAGAAUCACACAGGAACAGGUCAUCUGCUUCUUCCUUGUUCUUCGGUAAUUUUUUUUUUUUUUUUGCUUACUGUGUCAUUUUCACAAAUUUCUUCUAACACCAACAUUUAACUUCAAACCAGCAGCACUCUGACUAACCCAUUUUUUCGGCGUUCAUUUUAGGCAACCGCGCUGCAUCUGUUAGUCAUCAGUUACUGUAUUAUGAAAUAAUAUCUUCUCUUUCUAAGAAAAGUUUCCUAAGCGUGAGUUAUAAACAUUUCCAAAUCUGGCCUCGGGCACUGUGCAGUGAAGGUAACAGUAAGCGGCGUAGGAGGUGCAUGUGCGGUAUGUGUAAAAAGUUUCCCUGCAAGUACUUAAUUGCCAGAACUAGGGUUUGUGUUUCUUUUUCUAGGACAUUUAAUAAUUCUUAUUUCUGUUAGGCAAUGCUUGAAAGUGCUGCCUGGCAAAUUGCGUAAUUUAUGUGCUAAGAGUGCAAGAUCAAUAAUUUAAUCACAACUGCGAUCCUAGAUGAAACACUGUGAUUUGUUAAGGGUACGCCACUGCCCAAAUUAAAAAAACAAAACACUAUUUAGUAGAUCGACACACAAUGCCUUUAAUUAAGCAUUUUUAAAAAUUGGGAUAUACCUAAUAGCAGCUUCCAAAAUCUGAAGAUCUCUUGUCUGCAGUCUUUGCAAGCCCUCCCCUUCUGACCCUGCCCAGACUUUCUGUGGCUGUCCAAUCACAGACUUACCAUUGCAGCUCAGUGAGCAGUCUUUGCAAGGCAGGUGCUCUGGGCAAAUGCUGACUCCUGAAUUUAGGUUUAGAUUAACAAUAAAUGAAUGAAUAAGGUGAAUGACUAGGGAGGGAGAGAGUCCAGAAUCAGAAGAAAAAGACACAUUACUAUGGUGUGAGCGAGGUAGAGCAAAAAAGAAAGAAAGAAUGCAAUAGAAAAAUCUUAGUUGAAAUAAUCCUACAUAACCUGUCUUUAUUCCACAUCCCCUCCAAACAAAAUAGGGCAAUUGAAAGGGUGCAGGAACUAAAUUAACACAUCGCUCUACAAUUAUUUAUAUAGCACCAACAUAUUUUGCAGCUCUGUACAAUAGAAACAAUAUAAUACAAACAUUUAACCCCUUAAGGACACAACUUCUGGAAUAAAAGGGAAUCAUGACAGAAGGGGUUAAUUCUAUCAAAACAUGUUUGACAUAGGGAAUUGUACGUGAAGUGGGCCCUGCUCAAACAAGCUCACAAUCUAAUGGGAUGAGGGACAAAUACACAAGGACAGUGAGGAAAACAAGUGAUGCCUGGUGGACCGCGGUGGCCAUGGGCUGAGGCCGGCAGGGGAAAUGCUGCAUUCCUUGACGGGCCGGCUAGGAGAUCAAAGAUGGUCCACUAUCACUAACAAGCGGCCGCCAGCUGGGGAAGGAGGGAGAGAGGACCUGGCAGAGUUCUAUUUUGCAGCUCCGCCCGGUUCCUCUCGCGAAAUCCGGAGUGUUGCCACAUACUGCACCCCUAAACACAUUACAUUCCAGACACACACUAGAUCCUUAUAUACACUCUGAAUCUGCUAUAUACACACACUCACUAGAUCUCCUAUACACAUUCUGGGUCCUUCAAGCACACACUAGAUCCCUAUACAUACUCACUCUGGAUCCCCUAUUCACGCACACUAGAUUCCUUGUGUGAAGAAUCCCCCUCCAUUCAUUCGAUACUUUCCCUCCCUGCUACUUUAUUCAUGGAUUUAUUACUGUGACGAAGUGCCCUUCGCCACUUGUGCCUGGAGAGGACUGCUUGCCCGCCUCUUGCCCUGUGACUAUGGACCCUGGGAGAUUUGGCCCGUUCAAUUCAGUAUGAUAGGAGUUAUGUAUUUUUGUAUCCUUUUGUGUUGUACUGGGAACAUGUGCUAAUUGAGUCUGCCUCUAUCCCUGGAUAAUUGGAUUAUUUUCCCCAUUGUCUCCAGGAUAGAGGGCUCUGUAAAACCAGUUUGGGCCAGAUAUCCAUGCUGCCAGCCAGGCCCCAAAAGAUACUUUACUAACUUCUGAACCCCUGGUCUGAUUCAUGCCAUUUUUUGAUAUGUUGUUUUCCUGAAUGGAUUGAUUGUGAAUAUAUAUUUUUUAUGUGAAUGUGAUGUAUAUUUUAGAAGUUAUGAAUAUGCUGUAAAAACUGUAUUUUUCCUACCUGUGAUAAUUGAAUCUUCUAUUGUAUAAGAUAAUUGAAUCACAGGCAGAGGGGAGGAUUUUGUGUGGGCUGUAACCUCUGUUUUAUUGGCUACUGUAGAUAACGUGUGUGUCCCUCCCCUGCAUGGGAGCAGGGCAUAAAAGAAACUGUAGCUUGAAUACCUGUUGUUGUUACUUCCAGUAAAGUCUUGUUCCAGCAUUAAGCCUUGGCUCAUGUUUGGGGGAUUGGAAAACUACACUCGAGGGAUUGCUAUAAUCACUUACUCCCCAGAGUAAACUCUUGCAAUAGUUUGAUUUGUUCCUGCUACGCUCUCUGGAUUUAGGAGAGGUUCACCCACUGGGAGCUGGAUCCUGGUCGUGGAUCCAGGGUGGGUGGAGACGGCGAGACCCCGGCGCAGCUGUAUCGCUGGAAGUGGGGUCUGCAGUGCUGAUGGUGUCAGUUGGAGUGCUUGGAGUCCUCAGCGAGCACUAGGCGCAUCGAUUGGUGGAGGUACUCAGUCGGAGUGCCAGCGUUCCGUCACACCUUGUAAGCAAACAGAUACUGCAUUCCAUAAACACACACUCUCCACAUCCCGUACAAACUCUACAUCACCAAUACACACAUACACACUUUCUACAUCUCCUAGACACACACUGUCUACAGCCUCUAGCCACACAUGCAUUACAUUACACCACAAACACAACACGACUAAAACCGUCCUUAUUACACAAUACCACACCAGAAUUAGCUCACUCUACAUACACGCAAUCUCACAAGCAGGCUCCAAACACAUGCAAAGUACUCUUUCUGGCCCUUUUGUCUCCUGGUAUGUCAUUUAUAGAGACACCAGAGACAAGUUGCAAGGAAACACAGUGCAAGCAUGUUAUUAAAUUUAAAUGCAAAAAGAAAAGUCCUGCGCUCACUCCAUCACUCCUGGGCGGCAGCAACGACCACAGUACACACCAGCUCCAAUACAUACAGUAAAAAAAAAAGAAAAAGUUACCUGUGCUCUCUCCUUAAUCCCUAGGUAUAUUUAAACAAAUGGAGGUCAUUUAGUUACUCCAAUGGCCGCUUUUCUUUUUGUAUUUGGAUUCACUUUUUGUAUCACACAGCUAGCUUACAAUGCUGCCACCCAUCCCAUGUGUUCCCUAUUAAGGGUUAAUAAGUAUAUAGGGGUGUAGAUAAAAUAUACCCAUUUCUGUCUCAUUAGAGAUAUCUUUGCCAGAAGCUCAAGAAAGCCAGGUGAAGGGUCAGAGUAGCACCCGUCUAGGGGGGUCUGCCUUGACGUUGGCAGUCGGGCAUUCCCUCCAGUGGCCAUUGGAGUAACUAAAUGACCUCCAUUUGUUUAAAUAUACAUAGGGAUUAAGGAGAGAGAGUAGGCAACUUUUUUUUUUCCCUUUGUUUUUACUAUAUAUUAUUAAAUUAGCUUGCAGUGUGCAGGACAUAUGCAGGGCCUUUUUCUCAUGCUAGAGCUCUUCAGCAGAGCUCUGCGCAUGGUCUGCCCUGUAAGAGCAUUGAACCAACAUGCUCACUUUGAGAGGGGACGUGCUUGUCAUUGGUGAUGACAAAACACACCCUCUCUGCCCCGCCCCAUUCAUAGUGGGCUGCUGUAAUUAAAAAAUGCCCGGGCCAAAUUUUUUUCCCAGUCCAGCCCUGAAUGUACCUGAGAAUGGGGGCAGGGGGGGGUGUUUGGGAGGAGGGAGCAGCACAGAUGGGAGAUGGCAGAGGAAGGUUGUUAAGAAUGAGGAGUUAAGGGGCGAGCGGAUAGGAUUCUCUAAAGAAGUAUGUUUUAUAAAGAGAUUUUAUAAAGGACUGCAGAGAUGGGGAAAGUUGGAUGUCUCUCAGGAGGCCAUUCUAUAUGCAGGAGGCAGCCGUGGAGAGGUUUUGCUGGAGUUUGGGGUGUGGGUGUGAGAAUAGGAUAGUAACUGGACAUCAGCAGAGCAAAGAAGCCAGGCUGUAACAUAUCUGCUAAUAAGGGAACAGAUGUAAACAGGGGCACGGUUAUGUAGAGCUUCGUAUUAUUGAACCAAAUCCUAAGUUAAACAGGAAGCCGGUGUGAAGACUGACAGAGGGGUGAGAGUUGCUGGACGUAAGAUAGAUGAGUUUGGCAGAGGUGUUCAUAGUGGACUGUACAGGGGCAAUCUGGGCACUUUUCAGUCCCCAGUAGAGGGAUACAAUAAUCAAGGCAAGACACAACGAGAGCAUGGACAGGCAUCUUUGUUCCGUCCUAAGUGAUAAAGGGUUGAAUGCGGGGAACCUUAUUAAGGUGAAGGCGACAGGAUUUGGUGAUAGAUUUUAUGUGAAGGAAAGGCCAGAAUCAGAUAGCACACCCAGGCACCACCUGCGGUUGGAGGUUAUAAAUUGAUCGCUGACCUUAUGGUGGAGGUGUGAUUGGAGAUAUAUUACAGCCAAUGAUACCAGGGGCGCUAUAUACAUUGGAUCUGUUUACAGAACCUCCUUUUCUGUGCUGGUCUAUUUUAACCUUACUUUGCUAUGCAAGUGUGAAUUUAAUACGGUUUCAUAUUAAAUGAAUAAACCCCUGUGCAUUGUAUAUUAUAUACAAUAUCAUAAGAACUCUUUGCAUUUUGUGCUGAUAUGUUUAAAUUCUGUAUUAUGAAAAAUAAAUAAUCUCAUGCAAUUAUUCACUUUCUUAAAUGCCUUUUUAGAAUGCUGAAGUCAAGGUAUGACUUCAGUGUAAUGAGUUACAAUUGUUUUUGGAAAGAUCACACCUUGGAUGCUGAGCAUUUAGAUAUGACUUCAGUUCACUUACAAUGGAAUGUACUUUGCCAAGAUUCAGCUGUUAAAAGAUGAACUGAAAACGUAUUAUUAUAUAAAAUCGAAGCAAGUAAAACAAAACUGUUUAUGACAAUCUAUAUCAAUAUUCUGGAAUUCUUUUUUUGAAUUUUUUUUUUAUUACAGCUACCCUGGAAUUUUUAUGGUACAAUUUAAGUGACUUUGCAAAUGGGGAAUUUAACAAGUUUUCGCUCAAACUUGCACAAGUUUAACAAAUACACAAUGUUUGUUGGAUUGGCCUGUGUGCCUCUUCUCAUUCCCCUUUCUUUCGGAGUCCUCUCUCUUGUGGAAGUCUACUCUCUGAUCUUCUCAUUCCCCUUUCUUUCAGAGUCCUCUCUCUUGUGGAAGUCUACUUUCUGAUCUUCUCAUUCCCCUUUCUUUCAGAGUCCUCUCUCUUGUGGAAGUCUACUUUCUGAUCUUGCAUGGUUUCUCAUUGCAGGUUGAGCUUCUGCUGGAUCUAUUGAGGGAUCUGAGAGCCACCUACUCAUCGUCCAGACAGAGUUCACCGCAUAGUCUCACCUCACUCCUGGCUGAUCCACCUGUGAUUAAGGACAUGAUAACACAAGAAAUACGCAUGUUACUGCUAAGCGUGAGACAGAAAGCACGGUGUGAUGGACUGUAAGUUAUAUGUGUUGGGGAAGAAUCUUUUUAUGGUACUAAAUGUUCUAUGUUGUUCAAGCACUAUAUAAAGAUCAGUUUGCAGCAGUGUUUUCCUAUGGGGAGGGCUUAAUGAACUUGUGGCAUUUGUUGCGCUGUAGCCCUCUUCCCCACCCCCCCCCAGUCAGAUGACAUCAGAGGAGGUGGAGUGCCGCUCCAGCACCGAGGGAGAACCGUGCUAGGUUUGGGUAAGUACAGAAAGGUUUUCUUUUCAUGCUUGGGGGGAGGAGGGGGGUAGAGGGUCUGCAAGGGCUAUGGCAGAGGGAACUAUAGUGUAAGGAAUACUGAUUUGUAUUCCUUACACUAUAGUAUCCUUUUAACACCACAAGCAACCUCCAAACUCAUACAAAACCACAUGCAAUCUCUCUCCCACAACAAGCAAAUAUAUACACAACCCUCGUUUACUCCUGUUCACUUGUGUCCUUUGGUAUCUGACUUAAGGAGAAACCACAGGCAAGUCACCAGCAGACACAGAAGAAGUGUAUCAUUAGAAUGGCUUGCACUGUGUUAAACACAUUUUUCCCUAUGUAAUAGCUCUUCAGCAGAGCUCUGUAAAUGGGCUGCCCUGGAGGGGCAUCAUCCUGACAUGCCCGCUUUGGGGUACAUGCGUGCCAAAGAUGAUGCAGCUCAGCCUUAAAUUGCCCGGGCUGAAUUUUUGUCCCAGUCCAGCCCUGAAUCAUUCUUCAAAUCAACUCUUAAUUUCAGCUACAAUUAAACUUGUCAAGUUUCAGCUACUCAUACUUUAUUAAACAAACCCAUUUUUUAUUAAAUAAAAAGAAACAAAACCCUUUAGUUUUACAAUUACUGACAUUGCCCUGAAAUCACUUGUGGCCUCAGUUUGAUGAUCACAUUGCCCAAAACAAGAAGUCUUUCACAAGUUUCUUAGCAAUUUCCCCUGACAUUCUCUUAACAAACCCAAUGUGUUACCCUGACCAUAUAGUGUGGUAUUUCCAAUACAAUAGGCAUUAAUUGGUUUGACUGCUUACUUCUUAGCAACGUGAUCGAGCUGAGAAACAUGCUGUAGAGGUACAAGCUAAACAAUGCUUAGGCCGUUUCUCCCAGAGUUUGUCCUCUAUUCUCUUGAUAAAGACCAACGGACUCUCUUAAUAAGUUACGUCAUUAAUUCCCACCAAUAAAGUAAGGUCAAAGAAGCACAGAUAGAGAUGCUUUUUAUGGCAUGCCUUUGUGAUUGAGUUUACUACUGACAUUGUCUUUCCUAUUACAUUUCUAAGUAGUUUAAUUUAAUUUGGCUCUUUGCCAGUCUCCCUUCGUCAUGUCUUACUUGGAUUCCAAGUCUCUGUGUAAUAAUUAACGUUUAUUUAGUUUUUUAACGUAAGGAAAUCCUUCAAGAUCAAUGGAGAGAGGAUGGUUGUGAGUCCUAUACAGUCCAGAACUGUUUAUUUUUUAUUAUUGUGCAAUGUGAAGGUUUGAUUGUGUUAUUAUUAGCAGUAGAAAGAGGGAAGUGAUCAUGCCAUUGUACAGAACACUGGUGAGACCUCACUUGGAGUAUUGUACGCAGCAGUGGAGACCGUAUCUUCAGAAGGAUAUUGAUACUUUAGAGAGAGUUCAGAGAAGGGCUACUAAACUGGUUCAUGGAUUACAGGAUAAAAUUUACCAGGAAAGGUUAAAGGAUCUUAACAUGUAUAGCUUGGAGGAAAGACGAGACGGGGGGGUAUGAUAGAAACAUUUAAAUACAUAAAGGGAAUAAACACAGUAAAGGAGGAGACUAUAUUUAAAAGAUGAAAAACUACCACAACAAGAGGACAUAGUCUUAAAUCAGAGGGGCAAAGGUUUAAAAAUAAUAUCAGGAAGUAUUACUUUACUGAGAGUGUAGUGGAUGCAUGGAAUAGCCUUCCAGCUGAAGUGGUAGAGGUUAACACAGUAAAGGAGUUUAAGCAUGUGUGGGAUAGGCAUAAGGCUAUCCUAGACUUAAGAUAAGGCCAGGGACUAAUGAAAUUAUUUAGAAAAUUGGGCAGACAAGAUGGGCUAAAUGGUUCUUAUCUGCCAUCACAUUCUACACUGGACAAAAUUAUAAACGCAACACUUUUGUUUUUGCCCCCAUUUUUCAUAAGCUGAACUCAAAGAUCUAAGACUUUUUCUAUGUACGAAUGUGGAAUGUUGGUCCACUCCUCUUCAAUGGCUGUGCGAAGUUGCUGGAUAUUGGCAGGACCUGGAACAUGCUGUCGUAUACGUCUAUCCAGAGCAUCCCAAACAUGCUCAAUGGGUGACAUGUUUGGUGAAUAUGUUGGCCAUGCAAGAACUGGAAUGUUUUUAGCUUCCAGGAAUUGUGUACAGAUCCUUGCAACAUGGGGCCGUGCAUUAUCAUGCUGAGGUGAUGGUCGUGGAUGAAUGGCACAACAAUGGGCCUCAGGAUCUCGUCACGGUAUCUCUGUGCAUUCAAAAUGCCAUCAAUAAAACGCACCUGUGUUCGUUGUCUAUAACAUACGCCUGCCCAUACCAUAACCCCACUGCCACCAUGGGCCUUCGAUCAACAACGUUGACAUCAGCAAACUGCUCACCCACACAACGCCAUACACGGUGUCUGCCAUCUGCCCUAUACAGUGUAAAUCAGGAUUCAUCCGUGAAGAGAACACUUUUCUAAAGUGCCAGAUGCCAUUGAAUGUGAGCAUUUGCCCACUCAAGUUGGUUACGACAACGAACUGCAGUCAGGUCGAGACCCCGAUGAGGACGACGAGCAUGCAGAUGAGCUUCCCUGAGACGGUUUCUGACAGUUUGUACAGAAAUUCUUUGGUUAUGCAAACCGAUUGUUGCAGCAGCUGUCCGGGUGGCUGGUUGUGGAGGUCCUGGGCUGGUGUGGAUACUCGUGGUCUGCGGCUGUGAGGCCGGUUGGAUGUACUGCGAAAUUCUCUGAAACGCCUUUGGAGACGACAUCUGGUAGAGAAAUGAACAUUCAAUUAAUGGGCAAUAGCUCUGGUGGACAUUCCUGCAGUCAGCAUGCCAAUUACAUGCUCCUUCAAAACUUGCGACAUCUAUGGCAUUGUGCUGUGUGAUAAAACUGCACAUUUUAGAGUGGCCUUUUAUUGUGGCCAGCCUAAGGCACACCUGUGCAAUAAUCAUGCUGUCUAAUCAGCAUCUUGAUAUGCCACAUCUGUGAGGUGGAUGGAUUAUCUCGGCAAAGGAGAAGUGCUCACUAACACAGAUUUAGACAGAUUUGUGAACAAUAUUUGAGAGAAAUAGGCCUUUUGUGUACAUAGAAAAAGUCUUAGAUCUUUGAGUUCAACUCAUGAAAAAAUGGGGGCAAAACCAAAGGUGUUGCGUUUAUAAUUUUGUUCAGUGUAUGUUUCUAUGUUAUUGCUCUCCAAAUAUCUCAAUAAAAAAAAUUAAAAGAUUAUGAUAUAUUUUGGGGUCUAUAAAUGUUAAAGUUCUACUCCCCAGAUUUCCAGUUCCAUAAAGUGGGAACCUUAUGCGCAUCAUGUUUUAUGAUUUGGUCAUUUGAGCAAGCCAUCAAUGGCAUUACAGUUGGGUGGGAGAAGGUCACUAAAUUCCAGAUUGUUUGGUAGCUGUGGGCCCCAAAUGUUCUCAGUGAUGUAGAAUGGGGGUCAAUGAGAGCUGUACUCCUUGCAGCUUCACUACUUUCUCCUGCAGUUCUGUAUUACAGGCUUAAUAAACAAGAGAACCAGGAUUUGACAACAUACACUGCUACUUUCUGUAGUAGAGCCAAUAGUGUAAAAAAACAGGAAAGAGAGAUCUGUGCAGAUCAGAGCACAACUCUCCAGCCUGCUCCACAAAAAGCUGAGGUACUUUACUCAAUAAUCUCUUAAUGCAGUCAGCUUGCUUGCAGGAAAGUUGUUUUUAAAAGGGCACCCCUUUCAUAAAGUUACAUUCCCCACAAGCUGUAGCUAUUUGAAAUGAUUAAAGAUCAGCCAAACGCUCGCAGUUCAGUCUGAGAGCCCGUUCAAUCAGACGAGAUGGUGAUGGGUUUAGUGUCUGGAUGCUACGGUAAACCCCUGUUUAUUGAAACUAAACUGACUGUGAGUGAGAGACAAAUACAGUUAAUGACCUGGCCAAACAUGCCCUCAGUCUAUAAUCACAGGUGUUAAUGUCGAUUUCCUGCAACUUCAGUGGAAUAAAUCAGAAGUGGUAGGUGGACAAUUUCAAUUAAGUUAUAUAAUGACAACAUCUUCAGCAGUCUUGUACAAUAGGUAAACAAUACAAACAUUUCAUUCCAACAAAACUUGUUUGACAUACAGGAGCAGCAGGUGAAGAGCUUACAAUCAAAGACCUGCUCAAUAUCACCAAACCAAAAAUAUAACCUGCAAUAUCUAGAUCUUCAGAGUUUUUAUGUACUUUGAUCAAAAAUUGUGAGGAUAUUCCUCUCCACCUGGCCACCGAUGGCUAAUCUGGACACUGCAGAUAUUUACCUACCAUAUUUCCUUUUGGCUGACUUGGCAUUGUGGGAAACAUUGAAGAAACUGGCUGAGCAUCAGGGGUAAUGGUAUUAUCUAUGAGGGAGUGCCCCAUGCUAUGCCAGAGAAUAAGCAGGCAUGAAGGUCUGUGCCUGCUCUGAGUUCAGCAUCAUUAGUCUGUGCAUGAAGAGAAAAUUCCAUUAACACAAUAUUCAGUGUUUUCAUGGAGCUGUCAGGGUGGAGUUGGCUUUAUAGAGGGAUGUCUACAAAUUGCUUCCCAAUACCAGUUUCCAUUUGAUAGACAAAUGAGUGGGCAGAAUAACUGACACAUUUCUUCUGUAGCUGAUUGAUUUCCAGAAUAAUUCCAUAAACAUUGUACCCUCUCGUUGUACUCAACUCUUACUGGUGAGUUAGGGGUUCAUGCACCAGAAAACAAGUUGGGGUGAACAGAAACAUAGGCCAAAAUAAAAGCAUUCUCUGUGUGGAAACUUCUCCCAACUUUGCUGUCAUGGCCUCAGUGUUGCCACUUUGUUACACUCACCACAGCGUUCUUUUUAGUGAAUAAGUCCCAUCCUUGACAUUUGCUAAAAUGGCAAUCACGAUCAUUAGCGAAUACUGGCAGUUUCCAAAAUGGAUUCCCAACUAACAUGGCCCUCGGUAAUGACAAGCCAAUUUCUACCAUCAUAUUUUGUAAAUGAAAACGUUAACCAUUUCUGCACUGUUACAACUGGUUGGUUUGAUGGGCUUGUGCCCUGGGAUACUGAUAUCAGGUCAGCAGACUUCCUGUACCUUCUUUACCUUUCUGUAAUUUGUGGAACAUGUUCUAUUCCAUUUUCUGAUGAAUGCAGGUAGCUGUCUCUUUAAUGUCUGAUCACCUGCAUGCCUGGCUUUCCUGUGAGACCUUCAAAUGCUUCCCAGACAACAAAUACAUCUUAAAAGGGGAAUGAAUUGACUGGUCGGAUGUAUUUUAACUCUGGCAGAUCUCAGUAAGUUUAAACAAGUGGUUCAAUUAAAUUUUUAGCCACUUGCUGUAACUAAUGGGCAUCUAAUACAAGAAAGGGUAAAUGUGUCAAAUAAAACAAUAAUUGUCUUAAAAUAUUGGUUCUGGCAUGUUACACUGCACAAUAUUGUUUAGAAGAAAAGACUUCACAUGGGUUUGCUAUUGGAUUGUAGCUGUUUGGAUUGCUCGUAAGGAGUGAUAAUUUCAUUGUUAUGUCUAGGUCAGAUAUAUAUAUAUAUAUAAACAGCAAAAAAAAGCCUUGCACUCCUACCAAACAUUAAAUAGAACCCGGUGCUCGAUUGCACAAUAGAUACCAAGCAAAAAAAAUAAUCAGCACUCCCAGGAUUUGUAAAUAAGCCAAAAAAUACUUUACUCCACAGGUCAACGUUUCAGCUCCUCUUGGGAGCUUUCAUCAGGACAGCAUAAAUGAUAUACCGGUAAUUAAAAAAGUGAAUAAAAAAUAACUUAAUGGUAUUAUUUUGUAUUUAUUUUGUUUCUAUACCCGGUCUUCCUGUCCAAUAUUACAAUAAUGUUCUAUAAUUACUAUAAUGUACUUAUAUUACUAUAAGGUCAUUUGCCUAUGAUUUAAAGAAUAUAAAUUGCAUAAAAUGUUAAUCAGAGCAAAUAAUUUAGAGUGCAAAUAAAAUUGAUCUUAAAUAUUGUGAGUUUAGCUGGAAAACGUUUCUGACUUUUAAUUUGGGAAACAAUGAAAGCAGUAAGGUUUGUGUAACUCCACUCCCAGUUGUAUCAAAUAUAUCCUUUCUCUGUUGUAUCAUUCAUGAUUGUAACUUUCGUAAACAUCUCACAUACUACAUCAGUAGUGAACAGCAAUACCAAAGUUUCAAAAUACUUAAAAACAUUCUUCAAUGUACCAACAGACCAUGGUUUAAUCAAAAGAUAGCCAGGGAAUCAUGGGAGUUGUAGUUCAGCAACAUCUGGGGGGCCCCUUCUUAAUGACUCACAUAGACGUCACUGCUUCGCCAUCCAUUUCGUACCCACGUACUUUCUCAAUGAUGAGAACAAAUCGCAUAGAUUUUUGUCCUUGGAGGACAAGUCACAGAGUUUAUGUGAGUCUUUAAGCCAUGGUCUGUAGAAGAAUGUUUUUAAGUAAAUGUAAAUAAAAGGAUUUUAUUUUUCAGGCGAAAUAACACAUUUCAUGAAUAUUGGAUGCUUUAUUAUUGCUUUUAAUUUUGGGCCCAAUAUUUCAUAGAAGAGACCAGUGUUAAGUUUAACCUUAUAAAUAAAGCAAAUAGAUUAGUCUGUAUUAAGUGUUUUUUUUUGUAUGCAUUGUAAUUAUUGUGCGGAGUGUCGCACAUAAGGUGUAAGGUUUUCUUGCUCUCUGUUCACACCCUUCCCUUCAUUAUGAUUUAAUCAAUCCUAAUAAAAAAAUAAGUGUUUUCAGAUCUAUAGCAGUGUUUUCCUGAAGCUCUGAAUGUAUCGUGUUGAGCAGAUAAUUGGAUUUUGCUAGUCUUUUAGAACUUUGCUGUUAAUGUGCACCGCCCCUUGGUUAUAACAGAUAUCUUUCAUUCAUUGCAGAGAUGAGGCCCAGGUGCUCUAUAAAUAUAACCAAAAGGUUGUCGGCUAUGUGAUGGCGGAAAGCAGACCUGAGAGCAGGGUGAGCAGUCGGUGCAGCGGAUCAUCAUGGAGCCACGACAUCAGAAGGAGCAGCUGUGUGAGUUCCUCCUACUACGAAAUGAGCAGACCACAAACCGGGAGCACAGGGACAGAAGAUCGGUGGGUAUCUAGAGUCACCUCACCAUUAAAUUGUAUAUGCUUUUAUUUUGUUUUAUUUAAUAAUUGUUUGAAUGCAAAUAUAUUCCUUUCUAUGUCAGAUGGUCUGGUCAAUGUCCAUAGGUAAAAUUGUUCAGUAAUUAGGCACCACUAAUUCCCCCAGUCCUGAACACAAAUCAUCCUGUCCACUUUGGCUUUCCUGGGGACAGCUCUGUGAGCAGAGAUUGAGAUGUUAACGACGAUGGAUUAAAUGCAAUGAUGGAUUGAAUGCGUAGAUGAUUGUGGCUUUCAUUAGCUACUAGCUAGCCAUGGGUACAACUCAGGGCCCAAGACAGAACUAUCUAGUAGGAGCACACCUGCUAUUUUUAGAGUCAUGGGAAGGUUGCUAAGUUUACCAGAAUUCUGGGGAUUAUAGUUAAUGAUCACAGGAGAACCAAGUUUGGACUUCCCUGCUAAUCACAAAGCAAUCCAAAAUUUGAGAGGGUAGCAGUAGAGUGCUAGGGAGAAGUGACUUUCCCACAUCUGGAGAUGUUCUCAGCAUACAAAUUAUUAUGCAGCAGAUGGUGCAAGUUUCCCCUAUUCUCUUAACUUUAAAUUAAAGGAACUGACCCAACACACCUUCAGUAGUGACCAAUGGACACUCCAUUUACUUGGUCCUUAAAGUGCAGUAAACAAUUAAUGUACUGUACUUUAGGAUCGGAAUAAUUGGAAUGCCAAACACAAAAGAAAACGUGCUGGAAAAAAAUAAAUUUCAGCAAGAAUUGGAUAAACUUAGAGCUGAAGCUAUGAAUGAUCCUCUCCAGAAAAUCACACACAACAGCUGGCUUGUGGCUCCAAGAUGAUGACUCCAUGGUGUAUGUUACAAAUUUAGUUGCAACACAGUUUCCAAUGGUUUUGAUCAGCUACUGAAUCAUUCACCACUGUUUUUGUGUCUCUUUGUACACAAUGCUUCCAGAUGUAUCCACCAAUGGAUUGAAAUCACAUAAUGUAAGAUGCAUUUCCCUCUUUAACAAAAACUCAAAAUUACAAUUGGGUAUUAUAUUAAUGGCUUAAAAAUUAUUUAGUAUUUUUUUUAUUAAGAUUCUUUAUUUGUAUUUUGUACUGUUAUAACAGGGUAGUACAUAUGUACAAAGUAAGGAGUGAGCUCAACAGGUAAUUGCCAACUUAUGUUAUAACAUGGUAUUUACAUUCAGUUAUGAUUGUGGCAGAGAGUCCGGUGGUGCAAUGGCAGCCCCACAAUAGGGUUGGUGCAUUGUCCGUUGACCAAGGCUCCUUUAGUGGGCAGGUAGCCUGGCCUGGGUCUCGGACCUAGAAUGCCUUUGUUGAGCCAGACUUAUGAGGUAACUUAGGUGCUGUGUGGAUGUAUGUGUUGGGGGGGGUUUACCUAGCGUGCGUGGUGUUAUGAGGUAUCUUUUUGUCAAGGUGUAAGUGUGCUGAGAUGGCCAUUUCACGACUUUGUUCAUGUAGUGGUGUGGUGUAAGUGUCGUUGGGUGUUGUGAGUGAGUGUUGGCAGUAGAGGUAGGGGAGAGGAGAAGAAAGAGAGGAUGUGGAAAAGGAGAAAGACAAGGGAGGAGAGGGGAGAGGUAAGGACCACGUGCGCGAAAGUAGAAGUCCCGUCUCGGUGUUGUAUUAGCUUAGCUUUAUGAUGUCUGUAUAAUGGUCAACCUUCUUGGGGAUUAACAGUGAUGAGGGCUUGGAUAGCAGGAAUGCUCAAGGGUCUUUGGGAAAUGGUCUGUUUAGGAUUCUGAUUUGUAGGCUGGUUAUGCUCUGCCACAGUAGGAUGAGCUUGCGGCAAGUUCACCAGCAGUGGAGGAAGGUGCCUGUCUUCUCGCAUAUCUUCCAGUAGAGGUUGUCUGGCAUGCGAUGUAUGGAGGCCAGGCAUUGAGGAGUAAGAUACCAUCUGAACAGCGUUUAAUAUGUCUGCUCCUGGUGUGUAACACAUAUGGAGAUUUAUUCAGUGGCCUCCUAAAUGUCUGACCAGUCCGUGGGGUCCUCGGGUGGGCCCAGGUCGUGUUCCCAGGCCGAAAUGUAGGGGAGGAUGACCUGGGAGUGGUGUGAUGCUAGUGUUGUUUAUAGAUCAGAUAUUUGUCCUUUGCGGGAUGGAUGGUCCAGGCAGUCUCGUUCAAAAGCAGUCUGGGUGGAAGUUGCUACUUGACAAAUUGAUGGGGUUCAAGCAAAGCUUCGGAGCUGGAGGUAGCAAAAGUGGUCAAAGGUUGUUAACAUUGUUGGGUCCGAGAGGUCAGAGUACUGCAGUAAUUCGCUAUUUGGUUAUAGAUGGCCUAGUCUCGGAAUGUCCCUGUCUUCAAAGUGUGCAUAGUGUUUUGGCAUUAGGUCUGGGGGGAAUAUUUUAUUGCGGAAGAUGAGAGUGAGGCGGUCCCAGAGGUCAAUGAAGUAGGUGAUUGUUGGGGAUGUUUGGGGGCGGGAAGAGGCCUGAAUUGUCUUGGGAGCCAGCUGUAUUGAGAGGGAUGAUCCCUUCCAAAUAUGGAAUGUUCUAAAUCCAUCCAUCUCUAACGGUCUGGGGGGAGGUGCCAGUGCUGGAUUUGAGCCAGGUGGGCUGCGUGUUGAUAGUGAAGGAAAUUGGGGAGGCUUAAUCCUUCAGAAUGUUUGGGGACAUAUAGGAUGGUUCUCCGUAUGCAGGGCUUACAAUCGUUCAAUAUGAAGGAAUCAAUUGCGAAUUGUAAUGCCUGUAAGCUCUGCCCUUUUGCAUGAGAUAGUUAUUUAGUAUUUUAAAGCACUGUAUAUUUCAGGGAACAAUUUAGACCUACCAAUAUUAAAAGAACAGAGCAUUUUUAUAUAAAGUGUUCUGCAUGAUGGCUUGUGAGCUUACAAUCAAUAAAAUCAUAUGGACUUGGUGCUCUUCCCCCUGAUUUCACAUUUCCAACACAUUGAUGUAUUACUCGGAGGAAAGACACAGAGACGCACUAACUAUAUUUGUGGAUCUUUUCACAGACCAUUGUCCUCUCUUUCCUCUUGCUCCAGCAUUGAGGACGACCUUGAAGAACUAAAGGAUAAGCUGAAGAUUUCUCAUAUUGAUGAGGUUGUCAAGCACCUUAAGUGAGUGAUAUAAAAUAUAAUAUAUAUUCGCUUACCCCAGAAUGUAUUAGAAAAUGAUCAGCACAUGCUUCUUUGACUUACAAGUCUAUAGACCGGUAAAACAUUUAUGAUGGUGUAUAAAAAGUAAUGCAUCAUUUUUAGUGGUUUUCAAUAUUUUUUGUCUUCUCUAGGCCAUGAGCAAAGUUACACAUGCCGAUUCUACUUUGUUUGUUUGGCCUAACUGCUACACACAUAUAGGCCUGAAUCCUGCUGUUUUGCAUUGAAUGACUGGCAGUUUGCAUGUACUGGCACAUUUAAACAGUGCAGCAGGAUUUUUUUAAAGGGGCUCUGUUAUUUUUUUCUUUUUUUUUCUUUUAUUAUACCCUUUGUAUGUUAAUGAUUAUACACCCAGCUUUGCCUUUUGACUUUAUUUAUUGUCUUCUCUUUCCCUAUGCUGGUUCUCAAUACCUGGGCGCCUCCAUACUGUUCUCCUCUGUCCAUGCUGUCUGCAGUUUGUCCUUCUGUGGCAUUCUUCUGACAGAUGGAUUGUGGGUAAAUUAGCUCAGCAACUUAAAUUGAACUUUGCUUAAGCUCUGCCCAUUGCCAAAAUGUGCCAAAGAUCAUGUUUCCCGUUAGACAAAGUACUCCCUUCUUUUUCUUACGUAUAACAAAAAAACUAAUGUCAAUUAAAAAUAUAAAAAAACCAAGGAGAAAUAGAAGUAUUUGUUUAAAAGCCAAACCUGCAAAGUAACAGAGCCACUCUGAGACAUAAGCCCCUGUGCCUCUGGCUCAUAGAGGGGCUUGGAAGUUAGCCCCACAGACUAUGGACCCUGUUCCAGAUCGAAAUAUCAUUAACUCUGGACUAAUAGAUCAUAUUAACUGCCUUAUUUAAAAACUUAUCAGACCAGACAGAGUGGCACUGGAGAGGGGAUUGGAUUGUUUUAUAUUGUAUGUUAUGGAGGACUGCCUUGGAAUCCACAUUCGUACUGUUCUGUGUGUUUACUGAAGUGUGUUCGUUCUACCCCCUACAUUAUGCCGAACUAAUGUGUGGGGAGAACAAGGCUAUAAUCACUGCUGCUGUACAGGAGAGAAGGCAUCGAGAGCUGUAACCACUGUAGCUUUGUCCAGUGGAAAAGGCCCCCAGACACCUUAGUCUAACUUUGCGAGUGGAUCUGAAGCACUCCAGAGUCCCCUUACAGCACAGAGGAAGCUGGCCUGAUGGAGCUACUCAGCCUGAGUAGAGGAGCACCGUCACACGCUUUAGUGGUUGUGGUGCCUGGUGUACCCUUUGUUGGUUUCCCUGUAAUGGCGCAAGCUACUUAGCAAUGGUUUGGCCCCUUUCCUGGAUUCCCCCUGGGCUCCGAUGCUUCCUGGUGGUCAUGUGAAACACUUCUGCCUUCUGCAGGUCCCUGCUCUAUGUGUUUACAUGCUAGAGGGAGGGGGGUAUAGUGACACAAAAGGUAAGGGUAGGGUAGAAAAGUAGGUUGCUAGGAUAGUAUUCAUUAAGGGUUUAGGGUUUUGUUUUGAUGACAGUUUCAGGGAAGGAAUCAGGGUGCUGGGAGAGAAAGCUGUUCACAGUUUAAUUGAUAUGCUUUCCUAAAGAAAUACAUUUUCAAAGAUUUUUGGAAGGAAUAAAGACUGGGUGAGAGUCUAACAGAGAGGGGAAGGGCGUUCCAUAGAAACGGUGCAGCCCUAGAGAAGACUCUAAGAUGAGCAUCAGAGGUAGGAGUACGAACAGAGGUUAGACGUAGGUCUCCGGCAGAGCGUAGGGGCCUAGAUGGCCUAUUUGUGUAUUAAUAAGGAUAAGUAGGUGGGAGCAGCAUUGUGUAGAGAUUUGUAAGCAAGUGUCAGGAUCUUAAAUUGAGCCCUAUAUCUUACAGGAAGCCAAUGCAGGGACUUACAGAGGGGUGAGGCAUGGGAGGUGUGGGCGGACAGGAAGAUGAACCUCACUGCUGCAUUCACUAUAGACUGUAACGGUGCAAGCUGGGAACACGUAAGAUCACUAAGAAGCGGAUUAUAGUAGUCAAGGCGAGAGAGGACCGCAGCAUGCACAAGCACCUUUGCCGUAUCAGGCGUUAAAUAGGGUCAGAUGCACGCUAUGUUUUUGAAAUGGAAGCGGCAGGAUUUGGCGAUUGAUUGGACACGAGGGGUGAACGAGAGGUUGGAGUCAACGAGAACACCUAGGCAGUGUAUCAAAGCUGAAAGCUGCACACAUAGACUCAGGGUACCAUAACCAUUUCAAGUCACUGAAGUGAUAAUGGUACUUGGAUUACGCCUUUAGCUGUGCACGUACAUGGUACCAGCUUGUUUGCUAUUUAAGUUAUAUUAUUUAUUAAAGGCAUUCAGAGUUUUGCAUCUCUUGAAAGGAGUACAUAGUCCAAACAGUAGUUUGUAAGACCCUUUAUUGAAAUUGAGGUGACUGCAAGGAACUGCCUGCACAGCGUGUAUCACUGCUCUUUUGUUAUAAUGAUUCCGUAUGAAAAUUUAAAGAUUUUAAGACCGAACAAGAAAGAAAAUAUUCUUUACCUGUUGAAAAGAAAAAUGAAGACAUCAAAGGUCCCAUGCUGAGCGGAUUUGACUAAGAUGUCUCACAUGACCUUUUUAAUCAUGGCUUAACACGGGCAGUGGCCGACUUGUAAGAAAAUGAUAUCACGGUGGAAUAUGUCAUCGAUCAGUCUAGAGAGGUGCUUGCCAAAACCUCUCAAUGGAAUGCUAAUGUUGUUAUAGCUUCUAAAAACAUAGCCCGUCUACAGACCCAGACUUGGGCCGACUGCACCUGCCAAGCAGUCUGCAUUUAAUUUAUGUGCGAACCAGUGCGUAAUGAAUGCACUUCUGUGAUUCCUUGGUGUUUACAUAUACUUGUUUCGGAACGCCUCAGGCCUGGCUUCCUAAGCACAUGUAGAUGUGUUUCAAUAAUUAGUAGAAACAUGCGCUACGGGAACUUUUCUGCUAAUUAAUACAGAUCAGAGACAGUUACUUUUCCUAAAUAAAAUCAGAGAUCAGGAAUUAUAAAGCUGUGUGGGCAGGAGACUAGGAAAACCACUGCUGUAGAUUAGCUGGUUGCCCUCCCCCCCACCCCCCUUUCUAGGAUUAUGGCUACAACAAGUGCAGGAGGCAUCUUAAAGGAACACUCUAAGAUUAAGUAUGUACAUUUUUUUUUAACCUUUGGGUGUUCCUUUCCUUUUUUAAGAUUUAUCCCCCCUCCCCCUCCAUGUUUAAAGAAAUAAAACAGAAAUCCAUUGUGUUUACCCAUAAUGCAGCUCUGGGUCAGUCUCUUCUUUUCAGUCGCUCUGCAUAAUAUCAUAAUAGAUGAUCUCCACAUCAUCAUGUUGUCAGUGAAGACACCAAAUCGCCAAAUGUGAAGACCUUCAAAAAUUGAAGGUGUUAAAUGUGGAAGCUCCACUAGUGGCAUUUUUGUGCAUUGCAGCACGUAGAGUAAGUGAUCUCCGUUAACUUCAUUCCUACACUUGUGAAUGAAAAUCUGCCCUGGAGUAGAGCAGCCUAAAGCAGCCAUCGCAGUUCCUGCCCUUGACCUGUACCUGGCCAACUUGCCCCGUUACAGUCUAUAAUGAAUGCAGCAGUGAGGCUCAUCUUCCUGUCUGCCCACACCUCCCACACCUUCCCCUUUGUCAGUCCAUCCAUUGGCUUCCCGUAAGAUAUAGCUCAAUUUAAGAUCCUGACACUUGCUUCCCUAUGGGGAUUUUACCAACGCUGGAUGUCCUCAUGCAGAAGGUGAGGACGUCCAGCGUCAGGUGAGCAAAAGUUGGUUAGCCACCAGGAAGUGUCUCUAGUGGUACUAGAAGUAGUUUUCGUCCUGCAGUUUCUAUGAAACCGCAAUUAUUUUCAUUGCAGGACUAAGGAGGACAGGGACACUGCACCUGGACCACUUCAAUGAGCUGAAGAGGUCUGAGUCCAUUUAGUGUCCCUAUAAGAUGGCUUUGGUGCUUAAAGUCACCAUUUUAAUUAUUUUUCAAAGUUUAAUUGCUGUGGACAUGUUGCCUGCAUUGACCCGUGAGAUAGCUCAAUAUAUAAAGGGAUACUCUCAGCACCAUAAACACUAUUGUUUAUUGUACAGUGUAUUGUAGUGGUUAUGGUACCAGGAUUCUCUUGUGUUCAAUCUUUCUGCCACCUUUCUUCAGCUAGGGCCAUCAUGUUAUGUUCCGUAUUACCUGUUCAUAACAUUUGUGUGAGUAAACAGAGUUUGACCAUGCCACACUGCUGUUAACCUGUGUUAGCCUGUGUCCGUUUGGCACAGCAGAGCAUGUUAUUGUUUAUGCAGCACUGGUUGUAUAAAAAAGGCUAAAUUAAGGUGGGCUCAAAUAUGCAACAAUGUUUUGGGCAAGCUGUGUUUACAGUAAAUCUGAUUAUAUCACAUCUUGUUUUGUUUCCCCCCCCCCCACUCCCCCCACAUUUUUUCUUUAAUUUGUUCCUGGCUAUCGCUGGUAAGAGAAUACAGCAAUUUGUGUAAUUAUACAUUAGGAAAUCAUUCCCAGGCCAGUACUGUACUCCUUAUUAAACCCAUUAUUUUAAAGUGAGUCAUAUAUGAUCGAAUAUGAAGAUUGCGGUUCUCUGUGUAUUUUGAAUAUUCAUAGCUCACAGAAUUGGUAACUGGGGAGAUCCAUGAACUUGAUAUUGUAAAACUCACUUGGUGAACUGUAGGAUCUAGCAGUGGGUUUCGAAGUUAGGACUCUGCAUUUCUGACAUUUUUUGCCGUAAUUUCAGGACUAGGCUAUUUAUGAAUUUAAUUCCACUCCUCCAUUGCUGAUAUUAUCCAUUAUUGAUUUAAUGGUUGGAAGCACAGGGUUAAUUUAUAAAAGUCACCAAGGGUUAGGGGUUGUUGCAGGGAUGUAGUAACGUUUCAGUGGUUUCUGCAUUGUGGUUGACCGUAAUUGAUAGAUUCUCCGAAAUAAACGGCUGUUCGGAUUCUGGUUAGGUUUGAAUUACUUACAAUUUAAACUGAUAGAUUAAAUGGCAAAGUGACUUUAAUUAUAUACACAGAGACCACAGGCUGUCACUGGCAGCACAAUGCUGCUUUUAUAAAUUGGCAUAAGUGUAUAUUACUCGUUGAAUACUUCCCUCCUCCAAUGCCACAAGAUUGUUCUAGGUUGCCAUGUCUGCUUUUGAGUUAGAGUAUUUUGUAUUUUAUUUCCUCAUUUUAUACAUUAGUUAGCUAAUCAUUGUAUUUAGUUCUUUUUAGGCUGAAUAAUGAUUCAUUCUGUGCUAUAGCACAUUGCAAAGUGGGGGCCCCUUUUCUGAACCUUAAUGGCUGUUCCUGGCGUGUGUGUCAUUCUUUGUAGCUGCCAUAUUUAUUGCACGGGGUCUUGCCAUUACAGAAGCAUUAACACCUAAGCCCAGAUCGCCUUGUGAAUGGCCGUUGCAGGCAAGAUGUGUCUGAAGAUCAGCCUACUGGAAGAUUUCCUUUUGGACUCUUGCUAACACGUGUAUCAGGACCGAAUGAAGGCCCUGUAAGAAAGAAAAAGGUUAAAGGAGUGCUCCAAGCACCAUUACAACUACACUGUGCUGUGAGGUUUGCUGGCCGUUGCUUCCUGCAACUUUUCUUCAGGUAUUGAGAGCCCGAAGCACCUGCUAGGAGCUUCCAAGUCCUGCAGCGCAGGGCCAUCUCAUUGGCUGAGAGCAUCAUCUGAUCUUACUCAGCCAAUCACAUAAGGCCUGCACUGCCAGGCUUAGCUAACAGCUUCCAGCUUUCAUAGGGGCAAGUAGUGACACCCCAGGCAGCAACCGGUUUGACUACUUACAUUUGGGGUGAGGAGGGCACCAGGGCACUGCUGACACCAUAACCACUACAGUGAACUGUAGUAGUUAUGGUACAUGAUGUGUUCCUUUGAAAACCACUAAUUUGGAAACAAAUUACGUUGAUGUUUGCAGCGCUAUUUACUAAAUUGUAACUGUUGGAAAUUGACAAAGAGAUUACAAAUGUGUCCUCUAAAAUAGACAAAUCAGAAACAUUACACUAUGUCCUAAGCUGUUCCUUCAGCCUCGCAGUUCUGAACAAUUCCUGAUUUAGUGAAUUACUACUUCAAGAUGUUCUGCUAUCAGUGUAGUGGUUAUGGUGCAAAGAGUCUACAGGUACAGAAACAAGGCUAUCAUACCAUUUGGGGGUGAACUGACAAAAACAGGGGAUCUAAAAAAAAAAAAACAACGUACAAAAACAUACCAGGAGAGCAACUCUAAGUUAUUCGUCCCACAAAUUGAAUAUCUCCACCCAGAAUGCCAUGCUAAAUAUGCAAAUAAACUCAUUUCAGAUCGUCAUCCUAUGUUUUUGCUUGCUCCCUGUCCAUUGACCUGCAGUUUUAGGACACAGCUCUUUACGCACAUAAUGGAAUAGUGCAGUAUAUGAUUUCAGAGAAUGCACGGGGAGGGCUGGUUAUUAUUAUAAUAUUUAUGAUAUUCUGUACUUGGAGAUUCCUGAUGUAAUUUAAACCCCCCAUGAAUCGUGCUUUGCUCUCUGAUGGUUCACAGAGAAAAGCUCAUUAUUCAGUCAAUGUUUCUAAUGCGACCGAAAACACACAUAAGUCUGUAAGAAACAUCCGUAGAUAAAACAUUGUAUUUCAUGAAAAUGCUUUUAAAAGGACCAACAACUUUGAAUUUAUAAAAUAAACAUAUGGACUAUCUGCCUGAAGGAUUUUAUUUAUGAAGUGAAACCCCAAACUGUGUUCCCUUGGGGUAGAUAUUGACUUCUUUCUUGAAUGAUGUCUUCUAGCUAACGGCUGGUUUUGUUCACGCACCAUGCGGCCCAUGGACAGCUUCCCAAGUUAAGAAAGUGCUGAUACAACAAAGGAAAAUAUUCAGCAGGCCCCUGGCCAGCGGGUUUUAAUGCAGGCUGCAUCUGGUUCUGGAGAACCAUUUAUAAGUCAGCCUUCUCUAAGGGAUCGGCUGGGCCAAGAAACUUUGGCUUUUAACUAACGCAGGGUUUCUCGAGUUUCUGAGGACAGAGCGUAAUGUUAGUGAUGUGCAAACUCAAGUCUGGCGGGGUCAGUGAUGUUUUAGUAACAUUAUUUUUGUCUUCAUUCUGCUUUCUCAGCAUUUGAGAAAAUGAUUGUUUGUUUCAUUUUUGCAGACGUACGGCCUUUGAAAUCUCUUUGUCAUUAUGUGGCGUUGCUAUAGAGGAGUAAUGGCUAACUCUCCUGAGGUUUCAGAAUAUAUUUCCUUUGCCUUAGGGUGUUAAGUUAAUCCAAUAUUGCUAUAGAGAUGGGAGGACCAUGAUCAGGAGUUUACGGUAUCAGUGGGAGAGCAGUGACCAGGGAAAAGAUGGAAUUUGAGCUCUAAUAGAAGUUGGGAGAGAGCUUGGACAGGAAAUAACACACAGAAAGAUAUGUGAAGAGGACAAUGGGAGAGAUCGGAAGAGUAAUGGAAUGAUAAGAGUGACAGGUUACAGCAACCAUAGAGGAGGUGAGAGAAUGGAGACACAAUCAGGAUAGAAAUUUAAUUUGAAUAAAAGAACUAAAGCAGACAUUUCCUUUUGCAAUAGAUGUAAAAUUUUUAUCCCAAUUUGGACUUCAUUCAGUGGAUGAGAUAAUCAGCUGAUGUUCUCGGCCAAUGAAUUGUGACCAAACACAGCCAGAUUUGCUAUAACUAAUACGGAAUGGGAACUUUAGUGAUAUCAAUGAAAAGGCGCUAUCCGUGGACACCAGGUGAUCAGAGGUAAGUAGCAAAGAGUUUGAAAAUACCUUCCCUCCUUGGUAUGAUGCCAGGGGACUACUAAAGCAUUCUGUAGUGGUGUUGAUCCUUACAGUGCCCCUCUAAAGAGUGUUGUUCGCAGUACUGGAGACCGUAUCUCCAGAAGGAUAUUGAUACCUUAGAGAGGGUUCAGAGAAGGGCUACUAAGCUGCUUCAUGGAUUGCGGGAUAAAACUUACCAGGAAAGGUUAAAGGAUCUUAACAUGUAUAGCUUGGAGGAAAGGCGAGACAGGGGGGAUAUGAUAGAAACAUUUAAAUAUAUAAAGGGAAUCAACACAGUAAAGGAGGAGACUAUAUUUAAUGAAAGAAAAACCACAACAAGAGGACACAGUUUUAAAUUAGAGGGGCAAAGGUUUAAAAAUAAUAUCAGGAAGUAUUACUUUACUGAGAUGGUAGUGGAUGCAUGGAAUAGCUUUCAGCUGAAAUGGUAGAGGAUAACACAGUGAAGGAGUUUGAGCAUGUGUGGGAUAGGCAUAAGGCUAUCCUAACUAUAAGAAAAGGCCAGGGACUAAUGAAAGUAUUUAGAAAAUUGGGCAGACUAGAUGGGCCGAAUGGUUCUUAUCUGCUGUCACAGUCUAUGUUUCUAAGUGGAGCUGAGGGUCAUGGGGAGUUUAGUUUAAGAACCCCUGAGAUGCCAAGGUUAGAGUUGCUGCUCUAUGGGAAUUUUCAGUAUAUGAAUCCUGUCUUCUAAUGGGACCCUGUCUGUCAGCUAUAAAUCUAACUCUAUAUCUUUCUCAAGAUAUUAACAUGUUGGAUAUAAUGAUGCGUCUCUGGUUCUCUCUCAAUCAAUAAUCUUUCCCUAGGGUGUAAUAUCCUCUAACGUACAGCAUCCGAGACAGAUACCAUUAAGAUUUUAUUUAUGUCUUUUCUUUAUUUUAUACACAGUCAGCUGUUCAUUAUAGACAGCAGCCAAUGCCGCGUUUGGGACAUUAUCCCUCCCCAAGCGACAGUGAAAGAUUUUACUCUUAAAAUAAGGGUUAUAAAUUAACAGGACAUUUGGCUUCUUUUCCAGGAGUUAAUGAACAUAUAAAUGUCUUACUGAGACAUCCGCAUUUAUUUGACAGCCAUUAAAAGUAAAUAAGUCUACUACAACAACUCUUCUGUAUAGUUCCAGACAGGGGGUUGUGCAUUACUUGAAGGCACAGAAAUGCCAGAAGAACAUUAAGCAUUCUGCACCAUUUGACACCCACUGAGGGUGAUUCAAGUCUACUCAACUCAUACGAAGAUACUUGCUCACAGAGUAGCUUUAACUGUUGUCAGUAAAUAAGCAUGGCUAGCAUUGAAAUGUGCAAGACUACUUCUGUAGUACCCCACCACUUGCAUUUUCAGUGAGCCAAAAAUCAAGGUUUUUGUGGUAUUUUCGUCAACCCCAGUUCAGCGUGUUUUUGUUGGGUCAUUAAUGAUAUAGAUAUAACUUGGGAGAACUGGGGGAAAGGGGGGCGUGCAUCCAACCUAACCUAACCUAAAAAUGGCAAAAUGUUCUCCCAAACUGAGCUACAUGGGGUCGCUACUUAUAAUUAUAAUUAUUGCCAUUUAUAUAGCGCCAACAAAUUCCGUAACGCUUUACUAUAUUAUAGGAGGGGGAGAUUUAACAAUAAAUGAGACAAUUACAAAAACUUACAGGAACAAUAGGUUGAAGAGUACCCUGCUCAAACAAACUUAAUAAGAUACAAACUCAUUUAAUUACGAUGCCUGAUAUUAGAUGCAUUGCUUUGUAUCUUUAUAUCCUUAUCCUAAUACCUGUAAAAUGCUUAAUAGUGAAUUAAUCUCAUCGUAUCAUUAUAUAAUUAUCCAAAUACCUGUGAGAUGUUUAAUUUCAUUUUAUUAUUAUAUAAUUAUCCUAAUACCUGCAAGAUACUUAAUCUCAUCAUAUCAUUAUAUCAUUACUCUAAUAACUGUAAAAUACUUAAUAUUAGAUUAAUCUCAUCAUAUCAUUAUAUCAUUACACUAAUACCUGUAAAAUGCUUGAUAUUAGAUUAAUCUCAUCGUAUCAUUAUAUCAUUACUCUAAUAACUGUAAAAUGCUUAAUAUUAGAUUCAUCUCAUCGUGUCAUUAUAUCGUUACUCCAAUACCUGUAAAAUGCUUAAUAUUAGAUUAAACACAUAGUGAUCUCAUCCUGUCAUUACUCAGAUACCAGGAAGAUUUUAAGAUUAGAUGUGAGAUUAUUCUUAUCCUUAUCCAACAUUAAUCUCUGUAUGGGGAUUUUGGUACCUUCUGAAUUAUUACUCACCCUCCACAUCACCACGUGCCCCCUAUCGCUUUCAUAAACCUUUCCUAAUCCCUCAAAGCGUUUUUCUCUUAACUCCCCAUUUUUUUCUCAAAUGCAUUCGUCCAACUCAUUUACCGGUCCUGAUGUGAAAAAUUCCUUCUAAUUGCUUAUGACAGACAGACAGAGCCAGACGGACAGAGCGCCCUAUGACUGCAUGGCAGGAUGUAACAGCCUCUGCUAUCAGAGUCUGCUUUGUGAUUUUGUUUCUGUGACAAGUAAGACUGCUAGUAAAUAAUGAAAUAUGGUGCAGCUUUUACCCCUUGAGGUAAUUUGUGCCUGGACUGUCUGGGACAGACGUGUUGGACAUCCUUUACAUACACAUCUCUCGUUUCUGUAUCCUGGCCGCUCAUUUUAAUGAUAGAAAUCUUUUUGGGAGGAGGCUGCAGAGAGUUUGCAAUUAAUUAUCUUGAAAACUUGGUAUCUGUGCUGUGCCUACCCUAAAAAAACUACAUUUAGCUAAAGAGGGAACCAGAAGGAAUUGAAAUGGGAAAUGCCAGAUUUUUCAGUUUUAGAACAAAAAGAGACUUGUACAAGAACGAUUUGCAAAUCCCUGAUGAGAGCAAAGCAUGUGAAAUGAACCAGGAAAAAAACACAGCAACCGAGGAAAGAGAGGAAGGGUUUCAGGGAUAACUCAGAAAAUUAAUCUUGAUGGGCUUUAUCCGGGACAGGGGGAUUGCUGAGGGCCGGUAGACUGGCAAAAAUUCCCAGUGCCUGUUUUACAUCAGACAAUUUUUAUAGAAAACAGAACAACGAGAAUGUUUAAAACUUUGCGAUGACAUAAAAUAUGUUUCGUAGGAAUUUCUACCAAAUGAUUGUGAUGUGACGGAAAGACUUAGAACAAUGUUUCCAUUUUAUGUUUUUACACAGAUUUAUAUUCAAGACACUGGCACAACAGAAUAAGGAAAAAUAUCGAGUGGUGUAGCCUUUUUUAGUAUUUCCCUGUAACUGAACACGGUGAUGAAUUCCGAUUGAGGUUUUGUAAAACUCACAAAAAUAUCUGGCAAAAGCCGUAGUAGUGGGAAUUAUAUGACCUUCAAAUUAAAUCAGUUGUCCAUGUUCCACAUCAUUGACUGUCUUUUUGCACUGUAUGAGCUUCUACAGCAGCAUCGAGAAACCCAGACUGUACUGUGUAUCUGUAGACCUUGAUAACUGACCGUAUACUCUGUUCCUUUGCUGAGUAAUACCCCAUUCAGUGUGUGGUUCUGUGUGCUGGUAGCAGGAGCAAUCAGACUCGUGUGGACGAAACUGACUUUUUCUGAUACGUUUAGCUUGCUCCUAUUAUAUUUUGGUUAUUUUUAUUCCCUGAUUCUGUAUUCCAAGGAUAAUGUAUGCAGACAGACAGACAGGCAUUGUGAACUUAGUGGAUUCUGUUUUAGUUGUUGGCAUAUUUCACAUUUUAUCUAAAUUUGCACAUUCCGGAGCAUUGGAUAUCCGUAGAGAUCAAGUUUUAAAGUAGAUGAGAUCUGUGCAUUUACCAACACACAAUAUUGCGGGCAGUGUCUGACUGUGCGCAGGGUAUAAUGUCAGAAAUCCCCAUGCAAUACCACACUAAGACACUGAGCGAUCUUCCUCGUUUGAAUUUCAGAAUAUAAUUUUUAUUUAUGUUAAAUAUAUUGUAUUACUUAACAUUUAAUGUAUUAUCCUAAUGCAGGGGUGCCCAAAAGGACCCCUGGAUGUUUAAAAACUACAGCUUCCAUGAUGCUUUGUCAUUCUAAAGACAUGCAAAAGUAAGCAAAGCAUCAUGGGAAUUGUAGUUCCACAACAUCUGUAGAUCUAGCUAGUGAGCCCCCCUGUCCUAAUGCAUUGAAAAGUGGGAUGGGGAUUGCAGAUUGGAGUGGCUGAUUUCAGUCAGGGAUAUUAACAAUGCAUGGCACUAGGCUGUAAUUAGUAUAAUACAGGAGGCAGUCUUUACUCCAUACAGUCAUGGACUGUGCAUGUUUUUUUAUAGGAUGCCCUAAUUAAUAUCAGAAUGUGGGUCUGGUACUCAGCAUGAUGUUUGUGCAAAGACUUUGACAAGAUGUUCGGUAAAUAGCUGCGUAGCAGAAAUUAAUUAAUGGAGCUCGGUGAAUGAAGGUGUUAAUGUGACCUGAUCAUUUAAUUAAUAGAAAACAAUAUGUCAACGAUUGUCUCCUUGCUUAACAAUUAGUCCAUAAACUGACUUCACUUGUGAUUAAUUCCUGUCCAAUAUCCUUAAAACCUAUUUCUCUGCUCAGAUCUUUACUGGAAGAAGAGUGCAAAGCACGGGAGAGAGAUAUUGCCCUCCUACAGGUAUGUGUCCAAACCUGUGUCUCAUAUUACAGCUCUGCAUGGCGCCAAUCUCAGUUAUUUCCUUUCUUUUCCAACCGUUGGGUAUAAAUUGUUCCCAAUUUGUUGCAUCUUUAGCCCCUACAUUUCCAUUAUUUCAUUCUGAGAUCAAACCAGCACGAAAUGUAAUCACUUUAGUGAUUUAGGAUCUUUCAAACACAACUUAUAGUCAACUGUGCUGCUUCUGUUUGUCCAAAAUAUCCCACCUUGAAGCAAUUUCCAACUCUGUUCCUUCCUAGCUUCAAAAUGAUUUCUGCCAGCAAUUGUAAUAACUUGAAGUAUUUUGUUCUUGGCUAAAGAUACACCUAGUCUCUUUCUGAAGCCAUCUGUUAAAGUUGAAGGGACAACGUAUCUAGGCAAACAAUUCCAUUUCUUUAUUAUUCCAACUUGCAAAGAAUGCUUUUCUCUGCGGUAGGUGAAUUCUUCUUUCUUCAAAUCUAAAUGGAUUCUUUGUACAGUUACUGCUAGACUGGACGUCUGCUUUUGUAUUUGCUGUGAGAAAAUAAAUGAUGUUCUCUUAUUCCCUCAAACCACCCAGUGGAUCAAAUUAAAACUAGUUUAUCCUUUCUGAUUAAUUAAAGUCAUCUUUUCCAUUUAUUAGUUUAUCAAACUGCUUUUAUACAUUUUCCAUUUCCAUCUUAUAUAUAUAUAUUUAAAGAAACACUAUUACGUUGGAAAUACAAAUGUGUAUUCCUAAUUCUAUAGUGCUAAAUAGUUGUUUAGUUUGCCAUACCCCUCCGAGUGCCUGACAGGGUGACCGUGUGGAGGAGGACAGGUGACAGUGUGUGGGGAGGUUGACAGUGUAUGGGGAUGUUGGUCACAGUUUGGGGAGGUUUAUGACGGUGUGAGGGAGGGGGGUGACAAUGUGGGUGUGUGUGACCGUGUGGGAGGAGGACAGGUGAAAGUGAGGUGGGGGCAUUGUGGUGGGAGGGUGACAGUGUCGGGGCAGUCAGUGUGGGAGGGUGGUAGUGGGGUGGGGUCAGUGACAGGGUGGGAGGGUGGUAGUGGGGAGGGGGGCAGUGACAGGGUGGGAGGGAGAUGGUGGGGAAGGGGCAGUGUAGAAGUAUGAAAGUGGGGGGGAGACUAUGGAGAGAGGGUAGUAGCAGUGUGGGAGAGUGACAGUGGGGAGGGAGGCGUAGAAGAGUGGCAGGAUGAAAGUGGGGAGGGAGACUGUGGGGAUGGAGGCAGUGGAAGUAGGGAGGAUGGCAGUGGGGAGAGGGGAGGUGUCAGUGUGGGAGGAUGAAAGUGGGGAGGGGGCAGUGGCAGUGUGGGAGGAUGAAAGUGGGGAGGGGGUGUCAGUGUGGGGGGGAUGACAGUGGGGAGGAGGGCAGUGGCUGUGUGGGAGUGGGACAGUUGGGAAGGGGGCAGUGGCUGUGUGGGAGGGGGCAGUGGCAGUUGGGAGGAAGACAGUGGGGAGAGUGACAGUGGAGACGGGGCAGCGGCAGUGUGGGAGGAGGACAGGUGAAAGUGGGGUGAGGGCAUUGUGUGGGGAGGGUGACAGUGUGGGGGCAGUCAGUGUGGGAGGGUGGUAGUGGGGUGGUGGCAGUGACAGGGUGGGAGGGUGGUAGUGGGCAGGGGGGCAGUGACAGUGCAGAGAGGGGCAGUGACAUGUGGGAGGGUGAUGGUGGGGAAGUGGCAGUGUAGAAGGAUGAAAGUGGGGGAGAGAAUAUGGAGAGAGGGCAGUGGCAGUGUGGGAGGGUGACAGUGGGGAGGGGGGCAGUGGCUGUGUGGGAGGGGGCAGUGGAGAUGGGGGCAGUGGCAUUGUAGGAGGGUGACAGUGGGGAGGGGAGCAGUGGCAGUUGGGAGGGAGUCAGUGGGGAGAGUGACAGUGGAGACGGGGGCAGUGGCAAUGUGUGAGGGAGGUUGGGAACCCCUGUCUUACACCAUGGUGCUCUCUCCCAAAGAUGGCCUCACCCCUAUGGCUGAGAUCAUCGGGAUUGAUGAUCUCAGCCAAUCCAAUGCUUUACCAUAGUGUGCAUAUGUGCAAAAUGCUCUGAGACCAUCUUAUGGAAAUAGCAGAGUUUUAUUCUAUCUCUGCAGAAGUGUAUCUAGUGGCUGUCUGAGUGAAAACAUUGUCACUCCUGUAGAAUAACAUAAAUGGUUUCAUUUGUAGGGUUAAAAUCAAGGGACAUGACACCCAGAUUGCGCCAUUGAGAUGAUGUGGUCUAGGGGCCUAUAGUGUCUAAUUAACAGUUAACAUUGAGCAAUGCAAACAUUUUUACAUAUUACAUUGUUUUAAAAGUUUAUACAAAAUAUUCAAUCAUUUUAAAAGCCUAUCCAACUAUAUUAGAUUGGGGCCAAAAUAUGUUUUGUUAGGCAGAGCUGGUGGAAUCAUGUUUACUAGACAAAAAUCUAUUUUUUUCUUGUACAUCCUCUGUCUCUCCUUUUCCAUCUUUUGACAUUCUAGUUUCUCCAAUUAUCUGUUUCCCUUCAUUCUUCCAGCCCUUUCUUACAGGAUCGUUCUGUCCCUGUCGCACUCUGCACUUGAUUCUGUUCCAAGGUUCCCAUCACCUUCCACUGGCUUUCCAUUGGGCUCCAGAGUACUCCUGGCCGCAUUGCUUGGGUUUAUUCAGUCGCAAGUGCUUUGCGUUUGCUUGAGGUGCAUAGCGCACACAACAAUGAUUGUGUUGGGUACAGAACUUUGUGUACAUACAACAAAACAAACGGGUGUGGAAUGAAUAUCACAUAAAAUUUUACUUACAAUUAAUAAGUUGAGCUACUGAUUGUGACAUAUUGGGUGCAAGUAAUAUUUAAUGUUUGGGUGAUGCCCCACUCACGUUCUAUUGUAGCACAAGCUAUAUGGUGUGGUGAUUUGGGAGGAGAGACACACAAGUGAUCUUGUUUUGUCACUAUUGCUUGUUGUUUCAAUCAAACGCCUUCAAAUUAAAAUGAAUGGUACUCUUAUGUUUGUAAUAAAGCUGUUUUUCAGUUGAUGAAGAACAUUAACAAUUGUUGUUUUCGAUUUUUGGACAAUUAGUAAAGCUUUUAUCCUUUGAAGAGUUGAAUUUGACAGCCUUUAUUACUGGUUCCAAACCGGCCGUCCCAGUUAAUGUAGUGAUGGUGUAAAUGUGAUGAUGGUAUCCCUGGUUCAAUAAGACAUCAUAAACAUAUUCAGCUAAUUGGCGCAAUCUCACAGCACUGUACUAUGAUUCACUCAGGAUCAGAUGCUUUGAGAGCAGCUGUUUUUGAAAUGAAAGUCAUACUCAUACAAUCAAAAAUAUAACAAACAUUCAGUUUUAUGCAAAAUAGCACAAUCACUGAACACUGUUACAUUACACAAAAAAAGGACGUAUUACUCACUGAUUGCGUACUAAUUUGGUGAUUGAAUCCUGGCGUUAAAGGCUUAAUUGAAGUCAAUCUAAACCGUUUCUGAUUUCAUAUCUGUAUUCAUUAGAUCACCGUCAAAGAAUGGUCGCACGUCAUGACAGCAGACAGAGUCUGGCAAUGGAAAAAUCCUCUCCAUUUAUCAGAAGAGGUGUACGCACAGAAUGAAAUGUUCUGAACCUUUGUGUCUUGUAUUGUUAUUAUCUGGUGUUGUUGAGCCGAGCUCCCUGGGCCCUGUACAAGGCUACGGGGGAAUUCCUGGUUAUUAUUCCCUCUGUGAUACAACUGGUCAUCCAUUCCUUGUUUUUCCUUUUAAGUCUGUUUAUACUUUUGCUAACAAAGCACCAUCACGGAUCACAUACAUUGUAUAUUUCAUUUAUUACCAUAACAGUCAGCUAAUAAUGCCCAUUCUUAUCUGACUGUACACACAGAGUUAGAAGCAAACACUGGGAUUAGGGACGCCUCACAACCAAUUUCCGCUGUUUGACUGCCAGAGGGCCUGACUCGAUUAAAUUGCUGAAACCAUUAUGAUAAUGAAAGUGAAACGGUUCUUUAUAUUUUAAUGACUUAAUGCUUUUUGAGAGUUGGGCAUGAUUGUCAACAAAUCUCACUAGUCCUGGUAAACAAACUGUUCCCAGGGAAACAUUUUUAAAAUGUUAAACAAUAACAUGUAACAUAUACAUUGUGCUAGAAAACUUACUACCUGGUGUGUAAUGCCAGUGGCCCGAGGUGCAGCUCCCACAGUACCUUGCAGAGCAAUCUUAUACAAUGCUCAAUGUCAGAUACACCCCACUAAUGACUUCAUUAGUUAUCCUGUCCCGAUUUUAUACCUUCCUAUAUUUGGAGAGAAGGGGGGCAGAGAGAACCUCUUUAUGCUAAAAUUAAAAAUCUAUUAAUAACGUGGGGUCACCCCAUGAAUCUGCUAGUAAUCCGACAUUAUAACAGAGUGUCCCCCUAAAAUAUUCCACAACGCACUCUUAACAGGUCAGAGAAGUAGGACAUGUAGCAAUUAAUUGAUUUGGUUCAUCUAAAACUUAAUCUCAGUUUGCUGAGCAGCCCAUUUACUACCCCCAUCCCAAAACAUGGCGCCCAGCUGAACUGUGCAAUUCAAAGUCUCACUGGUUCACUUUCAUUUAUUCACUAAACUGGUAAUUGAGAAGAAUUGACCAGCAAAUUCUAAAAGCUUGUGGUUAAAAAAACAAAUUAGAAAAAAUCCACCCCUUAUUUUUUCCCUAAAAAAUCCCGUUUUAGUUAAUAAAUCCACUGUGUUACGCGUCUCCUCACCGGCAGACUGAUCUAUUGAUCGAUGCCACCAUCUCACAGUUUAGCCAAUAAAGACCCCAUCAGUCCACUCACUCAGCUCUAGAAGUGUCACAAUCAGUAUUGACGCCGUAGUCUAUUAACUAUUGGCAUUAGCAUGGCAAGAAUGUUCAGGAAUAAAUACAUUUGGAUAAUGUUUGUUUUUUUGUUGUUGGAAUAUUUGUUUUUGGACAGAGCAAUGCUGCCCUCUGGUGGGUAGAUGGUACUGGUUUUGUUUUAGAGCAUAUUCUGUUUUUAAUUAAUCCUUAUUUUAUUAUUUGGACGUGUUGAAUGAAAUAAUAAGCAGCAUGGAACACAAAACAGAGACACAGAGCUUAGGGCUUUCUUUAUAGAGGAUAAUUUCUCCAACGUGGUUAUUCACUUAACCCUCACAGCAUCUAUUGGUUGAUUUCCAUCCAUUUGGUCGAAUCAAUCAGGGGGAGAAUUUCUGUUGGCACGACACCCAUGGUAAGACAGAUCAGAGUGAGUGCCAUGGAGUAAAGACAAAGACAGUACCUCCUCAUUUAUCACCAUGAAGCUGUCAUGUCUGUCCGUCUCAGUUUGUCUCUCUAUUUAUCUCGGUAUAUCUUCCACAGGACUUAAGUCCAUCAAGUUUAACCUUUCAGAUAUGUAUUUAUAUACCUUGAUCUGCCUCUUUAUCUCAGCCUAUCUAUUUAUCUUGGUAAUAAAGAAGAAGUCCAGGCACUCCAAUAGCUUUUGGCACAUUUAUUAGAACAAUAGGUACACUGCAACGUUUCGACCCACAAUAGGGUCUUUGUCAAGCUACUUCACACCUAACAAUACAGACAUUAAAAGGCAAAAAUAGUGAAAGUGCAAAAAAUACAAUCAAGCAAUCACGUGAUCAAUAAGCAAUCAAUUAUGACAGAGCUUCUAAUUAGAUGGAGGCACCCAGUAGCAGGAUAAAGACGUGUGGAGUUCUACAUUUAAUUUAAUUUCGCACCUCACAAAUACAUAUUCUUUAAACAAAGGAAUAAGUAAACGGAAUAUUAGAACUCUUGGAAAGUGACAGUUCCCCCUUUGCAUAGCUACCCAGCAAGAAAUCCCCAAAUUCUGUGAAAGAUCUGCAUUGCUUCUGUGGCCUAAUGGCAGAAUCAUUAGUCCACUCACGGCAUUAGAGUGAGAAAAGACUGGUAUGUUGACUUUGACAUCUCCUGCAGCCAACUAAUUUGCAUAUUUUUUAAUUGUUUUCAUUUGUUGGCCAUUACUAUCUCUACUAAUCAUUUGUUCCAGGUAUCUAAAUCCCUUUCUGUAAAGCAGUAUUUAUCUGCAUUAAUGUUCCAAGCUCAUACAAUAUGAAAAAACACAACUAAAGAGUUUUUGUCUUUUUUACUCUGUGUUUGAGGAAUGAGCCACAGUUGUUACAGAAUACUUCACAAUGCGUUAUCCUUGCGCUGAGUUUAUGUUAAUAUUUAGACACAUGCAAAAAUAAAUUUUAGGCGGGGCCUGGCCGACCGGACGCCAUUAACAUGAGCUCCUGCACUAAGCUGAUAAAAAAGGCACUAAAACAAUCGCCCCUGACCGCCUAAAUAUACAAUGUUCCGCCAGAUCCGAACAGAGAAUGGCACCAGCUUACCCCCGAUACCUGAACAAUGCCCACCGCAAGCCAGGCAAGUAGAGAGGGCCAGGCCCGGCCUAGAUGAGGCAGAGCGCCAGAAUACCAGCGGCCAUUACAGGCAGCACGGCGCUGCGGAGCAGAGAACCACCGAGGCAUCCCGCUAUUGACACCUCGACAGGGGAAGUUACUCGGCCCGGGGCAUGGCGUUGCCCCUCCCUUUUGGCCGGCGGGGGAUAUCCCGGCUUCCAGGUGGAGGCGCGGGUCGCAGCGGGAGUCUCCUGCACUGGCACCAGCAACAUCGGAGGUGCCCGCGUAGGGGCUGAAACACCCACCCGAGGAGGCACCCAGAUCGGGAGCAAAAAGGCUUGGACCCACACAGAGAUAGCCCCAUAACCGGCAAGAGCACUCCUUAAAGGCAUCACUGCAACAUCAGAGGGGUAAAUGUGGAGAGCGCUAACUAUGGAGGGCUCGUGCGGACUUGGGCACAGCUGAGCGCUGGAUGGAUCCCCCAUGAUGACUGCCCGCCCGCCCGCUGGAGGAGUGGGUGCCCUAGCCCCUGGGUAUGUGGGGUCCCCAGAGGGCCAUGUCCCUGAAGCCGUGAGCCCAGUGGGGUGGGCCUGCGUGGCCCCUCCGGCGGACUGGUGGCCGGGGGGGUGCGCACCGGCUCCAAGCAAGUGGCCGGCCCCAGGUUAGACAGCAGGUAACACGCUCCUCUGAGUCCUGGAUCUUGGGUGGUGAUGGGGAGGUGCAGGGAGAGGGGGGCCCAUGGACUCUAGGUGUGGGAGUCGAAUUGGACAGCCCCUGCUCCCGAGUGUUGCGGGGAGGACAGACGGAGACUCGGCGGCCCAAGAACGGCAAGGCAGCUGUGCAAUGAGCGGCCCUCAGUGAACUGAUCUUAAGGACAGACCAGCCCCGUAACCGUUAAAGGCGUUAAAGUUCUCAGUUAACUUUAUUUGCUCCCAUUUGGGUUUGUUUUCAUAUUUUUUUUUCACCUGUACUGCAUAACUGCUUGUUUGAGUGUCUCUAGCAUGCUUAGUUGGGCGAACUUUAACCGAGUAGUAAAAUAUAGAGCCCUUAGUUGAUCCUAGCGAAAAUUCUACUGACGCAUCAGCCUAGAAUUAAUGAGGCACUGUUGCUCUGCACCCACGCUAGAUUUAGUGAACUGACCUAUGCUACCUGGCCGACAUAACUCUUAUGCAAUAAGAGUCACAUAAGCUUAGGUAUUGCUCAGAUGAAUAUAAGGCCUGCACAAUGCGUUCUUAUACCCCUUUACACACCCACGAUAUAACAAAUCCUGCAACGUUUAUGUACAUUUAUUUUACUUCAUUGCUUGUUUAUUUAACUACGUAUAAGGCUACACAUGCUGAAAGAGCCAUCACACGCAUAGUUAGACAUAGGUAUUGCUCAGAUGCCUAAAAAGCCUACACAAUGAGUUAAUAUGCCUGUCGAAUGCCCUUGAUGCAUCAAAUCUCGCAACGUCUACACCCAAUUUGAUUGCUUGUUUAUUCUGACUUAUAUGCCUCUGCACAGGCAACCAUAUGUUAUUUUUACCAAUUCGCAAAAUGCCUGCCUACGCUUUUCUGCGACUCUAAUAAAUAUAUUCAAAACAAAAAUACAUUUUAAGCGAUUCAUCUGAAUAAAAUUCCUGAUAAUCUGCAAAUGAAUCGAUUCUAAAAAUUCUGUUCAUUCUUUAAUGAGCUGAAUCUUCCAAAUUAACAUCCUUUUGAAAAGGAUUUUAAUUCUGACAAUUUUUUUCGUUGAUGAAUGAACCAAUUUUUCAGAAACGAUUAGUUCAACAAUUGCCAGGAAUUUCAUUUGGACAAAUCGCUUAAAAUCUAUUUUUUGCACGUCUUUUAAUAUUCAACAUCUUCGCUACUCUGCCGUUCUAUUUGUAAACAAGCGCAAGACACUCCUAAAAUUUCUGUUUUUAUUAAGGUGUUUAUAAUUAAGAGCACAGAUCAAAAAUGAAUAUCACAUUAAUUUCACAAAAAAAAUCUGUCUGUAAAAUAUUGUGGUUUGAGAUCAUGAGAAGUUAAAUGUUGCACAACCUGUGCUGUAGUAAUAUUCUGCUCUCUGUUCAGCCUCUUCCAACCAUAAAUUUCCCUAAAAUCACAUUCUCCCCUCCUUACAUGUACAACACUAAUAAAAUGUUGUGACUCUUCUUUUCUAUAACAGCAACGUCUAGAAUUGGAGUAUCUCUAUGGGGCAGACUCUCAGACACCGCUCCCGGAGCCCUCACUGGCAGGUAAACAUGAAGCAUCUGUUUGUAUUGCCAAGGCUAUGAUAACGCAUUGAGUGACCUGCCGCACCUAAUUUAUUUUUAUCUGCUAUGGGACACAUAGGUCGCAUUUUAUCAGUCGUCCAGAUGCACUUUAAAAAAAACACUGCUUGUUAACAGACAUUCCCAUCAAAUUGAGUGUGAUCCUGCCAAACUAUAUAACCAAGUUUUCCAAUUUAGACUCCGUUCUCUUUAUACCUUUAUGUUGGGUCACAUUUACAUUAGUGGUGCAGUUGGACUGUGUCUGGCCCUCCUAAAUCAGGCCCAUAACAUGGGAAUUGGACAAAUUGGAAAAUGUAUUACUCUGCUCAUUGUUGACUUACAUUAAUUUGUUCUAAUUUUAUUCUAAUAGUAUCUGAAACAAACAAUGGAAUUGUUGCAUCUCAUUUAUCUUCUUAUCGUUUACCUACUGUCACUAGAACCCACUAAUCCAAUAAGACUUUGUUUUCUUGUUUUAGUUUCUGGUUUUGUGUUUUAUUAACUGUAACUGUGAUCAUCCUCUCCCAUAACAUUAUCCCCAUUAUUCGUCUUGGCGUCCAUUUUGCUUAGUCAACAGAAACCGUAUUCCUUAAACGCAAGGCAACAUUCUCCGUAAUCAAUUAAUAAUCGUAUGGUGUGGUGAAAUUUUACGAACUUUGGUAUCAUUGGAUCUGUCAAAACCUGGUUCUCCUCCUGUCUCCUACAACUCACUCCACACCACGUAUCCCUCUAUUGGAUGUACACCAGAGAUCAGUUCUUUAUACCAUCCUUAUGUCCAGUCUUACUUCCUGUGUACCCCUUUUUUAGGUGACAUCCAGAUUUUUUUCUUUCCCUCCUUUCACACUGGUCUGUCUUCUGUAAAACCUCCUCUUUCGUCAUCCGAUAUUCCAUGUGCUCUCCAUUAGAAUGCCCAUCACCAUGAACUUUAUCUGUCCUUCCUGACCUGUAAUUUUGCCAACUCUGAAUUCAUUUUUAUUAAUAGUAUUGCCCUUUAUAUAGCACCAGCAGAUUCUGUAGCCCUUUACAAUAUUAUUAGAGGAGGGAUUUAACUAUAAAUAGGAUAAUUACAAGAAAACUUACAGGAACAAUAGGUUGAAGAGGGCCCUGCUCAAACGAGGUUACAGUCUAUAGGAGGUGGGAUAUAAAACACAUUAGGACAUGAAGUAGCAAUCAAAUAAGGUGGGAGUGAAGCAGAGCAGGAGGAGAGAGUAGAGUGCUGCCCUUUAGGGACAGGUAUGUGAGGUAGAGGUUAAUCUGGGAGGCCAUAGGCUUUCCUAAAGAAAUGGGUUUUAAGGCACUUCUUAAAUGAUUGAAGACUAGGGGAGAGUCUGAUGGCGAUAUUCAGGCUAUUCCAUAGGAAGGGAGCCGCCUGCGAGAAGUCCUGCAAACGUGAGUUGGCCGCACGGGUGCUAACAGCGGACAGGAGAAGGUCACGGGCAGAGUGGAGAGACUGAAAGGAGCAUACCUGUGGAUCUGUGUAGAGAUAUAAGAGGGGCUCUAAUUGUACAGUGCUUUAUAGGUAAGGAUUAGCACUUUGAAUUAACCCCUAUAGGAUACAGGAAGCCAAUGUAAGGAGGGGAGAGGUGUGAGAGGACCGACUAGAGAAGAAAAUCAGUCUGGCGGCACCAUUCAUUACAGACUGUAGCGGGGCAAUACGGCUUUUGGGAAGACCAAUCAGGAGAGGGUUACAAUAAUCCAUGCACGAAUUUACUAGAGCAUGGAAAAGCUCCUUGGUGGCAUCUUGCGUAAGAAAGGGACAGAUGCGGGCUAUGUUUUUAAGAUGGAAUCUACAGGAUUUGGCAACAUACUGGAUGUGAGGCCAGAAGCAAGUAUGACGCCAAGACAGCGUGCUUGCAAGAUGGACUUAUGUGGAUACCACUAACCUGAAGGGAGAGCGAAGGAGGAGGAUCCGUAUUAGGAGGAAAGACAAUGUGGGGAUAUUUAUGGGAUAAUAAUAGUAAACAGUGAGAAUUGCCCACUAAUUCAAUUCUCAGACCCCAAAGAUCGUUAUCGUGUUAAGUGAAAAGUAUUUCAUAUAAAUAAUAUCACAAUUUUGUUAUAAAAAUAGAUUUUUUUUAUAAUAACAAAUAAUUAAUAAUAUGUAACAUGCGUGACAAUAAUCAAUGAAUAUCCAGUAUAAAAUGGUAUGCAAUACAAAGGAACGGCUACACACGUUUCAAUGGCUAAACAGCAUUUUCUGUCAAGUCUUACACGAUUUAUGAGGUAUCUUUCACAGAGAGAAAGCGAAGGUUUUCACAGCGAAGGGCCAUAAAACCCUGGCUAACAGUUAGAAUAACCCUUUCAAUGCUGGCUAGACCUCCUAGGUAAUUAAGAUCUAUUCUUAUGUAAUUUUAAAUAAAAUAACAUUUAAACCAGUUCAUUAGUCAUUUCCUGGAACCAUCCAAUAAGAGAAUCUACUAUGUUAUCUAAGCAGAGUUUAAUUUGUCUAAAAUAUAUCUUAUCUUAAAUUAGAACAAAUCAAUACACCUGGAUAAAAACAGCGGUAUGCUAACACGUGAUAAUAUCACAUUAAUAUAUAAUUAUUCUUAAUUCCACCUGCAGAAUGGAAUGUUUAUAACUAUAUAUUCUUUAGUUAACUAAGAUUUCUUAAUAUGGAAAUCUGACCGUGAUUUAUCCAGUUGUAUCUCAUGCUAAUAGUAAAUUUUUAAUUAAUUUAAUUAAUUAAAUGAAACCAGUAUAAUUACCAGUUGAGUAGAUAUUUCAUCCGAUUGGUAGAUAGUCUCAGGAACUUAUUUGGAUGUCUGUAGGUGCAUGAGUUAUGGUGAAAGGUGGUGUUGGUUAGAAAGUCAGUAAAAUUCUAAGUGUUAGAGUUUUAAGAGUAGAGUGUUAGUCUCAGAUGUUGUCCUGGGUUUCUCUGCAUGUCCGAGUUGGAGUCCCCAAACUUCCAAUUCCUCUCUCCUCUUUUUUCCUUUUCCUUUGCAUACCCUUUGUCUUCCAUUUGUCCUAACUUUUAAAGGGCCAGACUCUCUGUACAUCAUUAGUUGAUAACCCAAUAGAAGCACUAGAGGUGUGCUUACCUAGGGAUCGCAAUUUAGGUAAUUGUUCUAUAGAGGGCAGUCUUGUCCCACUAAACAUACCUAUCCAGGAAAGAGUUAACUUUUCCUGGUGGCUAUUUUGACGUCAUUUUGGCCUAUCUUGAUAGUGGCCAUAACUUACGUUUCCUUUCAGAUCAAACAGUUUCUUUAAGUUUUGUCCAGACUAUGUGUCUGGCAAAUUCUGAGUUUUGACCCGUAACUUACAAUGGGACCUUAUACAUAUAGAAAGUAAAAUUUUAUUAUUUAAUCUUCUCUGUCACCAAUGUCUGGUUUUAGAAUUGAUCUAUUCCAUUAGCUUUUAGAUAGUCUGUCCAACCCCCGUUCUCCUUAUCACAUGGUUUGUUUAUACUAUGCAUUCCUUUAGCUCUGGCAAAGUGGUUAGUUUUACAGAUAGAAAUCUUGUGUCUUUUGUUAACUUGGAAAUAACAAAAUGGAGUCUGCUCUGUUCAGAGUGACUCAGAAUAUACACUUUUAAUUUCUAUCAUAGCACAAGAUGUCUGCCGAUAUAAAUACCCUGACAACAAGGAGCUCAGUUUUAGAGAGAUUGAGUUUCAGAAAGUGGGAGGACAUCCAGUCAGAGAUGGAAGAAAGGCAAGCAGUGACACGUUGCAGGAGGUCAGGGGAGGAGAGAUAUAUCUGGAUGUCAUCAGCGUACAGGUGGUAGUGGAAUCCAAAUGAGGUAAUAAGUUUGCCAAGAGAGGCAGUAUAAAGAGAAAAUAGAAGGGGACUAAGGACAGAGCCUUGUGGGACACCCAACCGAGACAGGAUGAGGGGAGGAGGUAUCAUUAGAAAAGGAGACACUGCAUAAGCGUUGGGAGAGAUAAGAGGAAAACCACGAGAGGACAGAUCUGAUUAUAAGACAAGAAAAUGAAAUAAAAUGAGUACUACCUAUAAGCCACCCUUUGAUUUCCUUUUCAUUUCCAGAGUUGAAAGAAGAGAGGCGUGUAAUUGAGCGUGACUUACAGCUCAGAGAUUCAGCAACAUCUUCACCGCAGAGUAUGAAUCCCAAAAUCAGGAAAACAAGGUAAAACUAAGAUAAUAUAUAAAAUUGCCAUACAUCCAGACUAUCACUGGAGUCCUCUAUUAACCUGAUUUACUCUGGGAUUGUUUGCUAUAUCUCAGAUAGCUACAUUGAAUGUUUACAGGAAAAGAGUAAAUCAGUAUAAGUGUACAGCAUCAAUAUAUGUACAACUUAAUAUUAUCAGUGUGCAUACACAAUAUAGAUUUUAACUCUUCUAAGUUCACUGCAAAAUGCACAACUUUAAGGAUUGUAUACUGUAAAAAAUGUUCUACUAAAUCGCAUUAUAUUACCAUUUCGUUUUAUUUUCACAGAUCCAUGGAAGUUUCUGAUAGAACCAUAUCUAAUCAUAAUCCUGUGUGUUUAUCUAAUAUACGAACUGCGUCUGGCAGUUUGCAGGAUAAAGCACCUAGAAUUGCUCCCUGUCCCCCACAUUCUAAGAUCAAAAUUGAGGUGAAACAGAAACCUAGCAGUAACAAAGUAUUGAUUCAAUCAACAGCCGCCCCUUAUAAACAAGAGGAGAGAACAGAUAUUACAGCUUACAAAUUAUCUCACAGACACAUUAAAGCACAUCCUGUUGGUGUUAUACAAGUCUCAUGCCCUUCACAUGACUUUCAGAAAUGCACAGUACCUGUUCUGAAUGCUUUAUCUGUCAAAAAUUCCUCAUCCAACCCUAUCUUGUUAGAGCAAUCCCCAUCUACACCCGAACUGCAGGUACCAUUACAAGGAAUGGAUUGUGUAUUUGUCCCUUCUCCACCCCAAGUCCAGCGACCAGCUGGAACCACCAGUUCCUUCUCAAGUUUGCGAAGAACGAGGACUCAGAAUUCUAUCACUCCAUCCUGA